GUUGUAAAAUAUCAGUAAAAUAUGAUGCACGGCGCGAGACGAAUAUUUGAAAAGGAGAGCAGUAUGUGACAUCCAAAAAUAAGGGAUUUGGGAGCGCUAUGACUCACGGAGAGUAUUCACAACAACAUGUCUUAUGGACACAUUGAGUGUUACUUUAUUCAGGGAGGUGACAGCUAUGGCUGAUCGCCAUGCAGUGGUUUUUGGCUUGCUUGUCAUUAACUGCAGGUGACCAGCCUACUCCACAACAAAAAUCAUUGUCCCCCUCACACCUUAUCUAGCUGCCAAAAGCCUCCACCCAGACUCCACCCUGUCUGGAAUGCAGCACAGCAAGACUGGUACAUGUUGGAAACACAUGUUCUUCUGGUUACCUGUGCAUUUCUGUUGUAUGUACCUGCAAACCUCUGGCUCUUUCACUCACGCCUUUAGUCGUACCUAAUGAAGUAGUUUAGGUGUCAGCUCUCUGAAACUGAUAUCACUAGCGGUCAAAACAAAUUCACUGGGAAAAAGAAGUCCAAGUUGUCUGGCUCUGAAAUUCACCUAUUGGUGCUUGCAUUUUACAAAUGCAGAAUGCGGUGGUGUUCGAGCUCUGCGUUUCACCUGCUGCGCUGUGUGCGGCUGCGGUUGUGUAGCAGGCGGGGACAGAACAGGCUUCCUUUGUGGAUUAGGGAAAUAUGGGCUUAUAUGAGACUGCUGGCAAAAUCACUCUACUUUAACUCGCUCACAGACUCAGAUGUGGUUUUUGACUCAGUCUUUGAACCAGUUUUCCUGACUGUGGAUUACGUCACCCGGUGGUUUGGUCUGGUGUUUGUUUACCUGGUGGUGAUACUGACCAGCUCCAUCGUGGGGAUAGCCUAUGUGGUCUUGCUGCCUCUGAUCCUCAACACUUACUCUCCUCCGUGGAUCGCUUGGCAUGUUUGUUAUGGACAUUGGAACCUCAUCAUGAUUGCUUUCCAUUACUACAAAGCCGCCAACACCUCUCCUGGGUAUCCCCCUACAGAAAAACAUGACGGUCCAGUUGUAUCAGUCUGCAAAAAGUGCAUUAUUCCUAAACCAGCAAGAACACACCACUGUGGGAUCUGUAACAGAUGCAUUUUGAAAAUGGACCAUCAUUGUCCCUGGUUGAAUAACUGUGUGGGCCAUUUUAAUCACCGUUACUUCUUCUCCUUCUGUCUCUUCAUGACCUUGGGCUGUAUCUACUGUAGCAUCAGUGGGAGAAACCUGUUCCUAGAUGCAUACAAUGCACUCGAGCACUUCAAACAUUUGGAAUUGGAAAAGCCUGGAAUACCGGUAACAGGGAUGGGACUGCUUAUAGGGCUUCUUCCUUCUGGCCAGACCCACUAUCAGACCCCUGCUCCUCCAUACACAUUUAAGGAUAAGAUGAUUCAUAAGAGCAUCAUCUACAUGUGGGUCCUCACCAGCACAGUGGGAGUGGCACUGGGAGCUUUGACCUUCUGGCAUGCAGUUCUCAUCUCCAGAGGAGAGACGAGUAUUGAAAGACAUAUCAACAGCAAAGAAACAAAGCGGAUGGCCAAAUGGGGAAAGGUUUACAGAAACCCCUUUAACUACAGCAGGUUGAAUAACUGGAAAAUCUUCUUAGGUGUGGAGAAGAGAAGUCACUGGGUGACGCGUGUUCUCCUUCCCUCUGCUCACCCCCCACAUGGUGAUGGCUUGACGUGGGCUGUCUUCCCAGUUAAAAAGGAUUUGAUACCUGUAUGACAGACUCUGCUAAGGCAUCCAUUCUUGUCUAAUUUACCAGUCUUUUCUCUGUCAACCUACUUGAUCGGGUUUGCUUAAAGGAUUCCUGCUUGGUGGCUACACCUAAGUGAAAGGAUUUACGUCAAUCUCCGAUACCUCAAAAAACUUGCUGUUGCAUUGCUCUUGCUUCUGCAAUCUAUAUUGCUCAACAAGGCAAUGUGUCACAGUUUGUUCUGUACUGGGUUUUACUUAGUCUUACGAACUGGUUUUACUUGACUCUGAGCAUGAGUUCGAUAGUUUUAUAAGCCAAAUAUACUGACUGAACUGUUAAAUAAUAAUUUUUUUUUUAAGCAAACCAUCUCAGCUUCGACCUGAGCUU